GACGUCAACAUCGAGUUCAGCAAUCAUGACAAUAUGUACUCCGUUCAAGUCCGAGCAGUAUACUAUGCUAUUAUCAGUGCAAUGUUUCAUCGCGCUUCACAUGCAAUAAUCUAUUCAACGAAUGAGAUUGUAGUGAAGGUUGGUAAUGGUAUCUAUAACCCGAAAAAGGAACUCAAGAUGUUCCAAAAAAUAAGAAAAAGAACGUCAAUGACUGAGGAAGAUCGUGGCACACGGGUCAAGCUGCAUGUACUCGACGACGAAGCCUUGGAAACUUUGGGAUUAUCACUUGAAAAUGCCACAAGCCGUGAGAACGUUCCAGUUUGUUCCGAGGGAGAUUUUCGGGAACGACAUUCCAGCGAAGUUAUCUGUAUAUAA